AUGGGUCGUUGUUUUAAUCACAAAUUUGUGCUCAACUUUUGCAAUUUGCUUUUUUUGCUUUGCGGCACAGCGCUCAUCGUAUCAGGUUGUUAUCUCUAUACAGACAACAAGCGCAUUUUGCUCUCACGGCUGCUGGCAGCGCCCAGCGAGCAACUGAGCGCGCUGCCGCAGCCGCUGCUUUACUAUAUAGCGCUAGGAUUGGCUAUAGCUGGAUUUCUGGCUGUGCUGGCGGCAGUGCUGGGUUUCUGGGCAAGCUGUUUGCACACCUAUUGCUUCCUCAGCGUUUAUUUUCUAUGUGUGGUGGUGCUGCUGCUGGCAGAGUCGGUAAUAUGUUUGGCUAUAACGCUAUGGCCGCAUUGUCUGGGCAUAAGUUUGGAUGAGGAGCUAAUGGUAAAGGCGCUGCAGCGUAACUAUGGCGUGCCGGGUCAGGAGCAGUUUACCAAUGCGCUGGACUUGGCGCAAACGCGUUUUGGCUGCUGUGGCAUGCGCAGCGCUGCGGACUACGAUAAUUCGCUGUGGCGACUGCAAAGCUAUGGGCAGCGCAAUUGGGCAGUGCCGCUCAGCUGCUGUGUGCUGAAGAAUGCGCCACAGGCGCUGGCCUAUCUAGAUCCACAGCCUGCGAAUGAAACGCAGUGUCAAGCGCUGGAGCGUGCGAUCUACGAGCGUGAGCGCUAUGCGGACUCUUGUCUCAGUCACUUGGAGCUUUGGUAUCGCGAGCAGUACAGCAUUUUUUUAAUAGCCAGCUUGGUUCUAGCGCUCAUCGAGUUUAGCGUUUUAUUGGGCAUUAUAUUAAGCUGCACUGGCAUUGCCAGCAGACGCGCCAGACUGCAGUCCGCCACGCCCAUUAAAGUGCGCCGCCAGCCCACAGCCAAGUCGCGUCAAAUGCUUGUGGAUAAUAUUUACGAAUCGGAGGUGCAGCUGCGUGGCAGCAACUGCUUGCACUCAAACAGUCGCCAUGUUAGCAGCGAGGACUUCAAGGAGUUGUAUGUGCAGCCACGCGAGCUCUACAAGCAGCGCCAUAACACCAGCUUUAAGCCCAUUGCCUCCGACUAUCAAACGCCCACGCGCAGCUAUUUGGUUUAACUUUAAC